AGUGGGACUGGGGAUCUCGAUCGUGACAGUUUAGGGGAGAAUUUUUGCCUUGGGAAAGAUGAAGUGUAUCUGGGGUUCUGAUUGGAACUUGCGAUUUGGACGCUUGGACCCCUAGGAGAAGAGGAGGAUUGGGGGGUUUGACUCCAGGUCUAACGGGUCCAGGAAACCUGUGUCUGAGGGAGGAGGGACAAGGAGCUGAUACUCUUGGGUCUACGGGAGGAGACGUGAGCUCCCAGGACUGAGAGAGGAGGUGGCGGAGGCCUGGACUCCUGUCUCAGUUAAUAAUGGUCAUGGUGAAGACCACCAGAAUUUACUGGAGGCUCACAGAGUUGAAGACUCCUGCACACACUAGUGGACUGGAGGUGGCAGCUGUCCCAGGACAGGGGGAGCCUCGAUGCCUGAGAAGAGACAGCCUCCCCGCUCGCCCCGCAAUGUGGCAGCCACUCGUCUUGCUGCUGCUGCUCCCCUCUGCCCUCGUGCCCCACUCCACUGCAGCCCCUAUCCGUGAUGCUGACGCCCAGGAGAACUCCUUGGGUCUUCUAGGCCUCCAGAGCCUACUCCAAAGCUUCACCCGACUUUUCCUGAAAGAAGACCUAUUUCGGGGUAUGGACAGUUUCUUCUCUGCCCCCAUGGAUUUUCGAGGCCUCCCCAAGAACUACCACCAAGAGGAGAACCAGGAGCGCCAGCUGGGUAACAACACACUCUCCAGCCACCUCCAGAUUGACAAGGUGACUGACAACAACACAGGAGAAGUGCUAAUCUCUGAGAAGGUGGUGGCAUCCAUCCAGCCAGCAGAGGAGAGCUUGGAGGCUGACUGGAAGAUGCCCAGGAUGGAAGAGAAGGAGGCUCUGGUGCCCAUCCAGAAGGCCAUGGAAAGCUUGCAUCCAGAACCCCAUCCCCGGGUGGCCUUCUGGAUCAUGAAGCUGCCACGGCGGAGAUCCCACCAGGAUUCCGCAGAGGGCAGCCGCUGGCUCAGUGAGAAGCGACACCGACUGCAGGCCAUCCGGGACGGGCUCCGUGAGGGCACCCGUGAGGAUGUCCUGGAAGAGGGGACCCAGGGCUCCCCCCAUUCCAAGUUGCCUGUCCGCAAAACCCAUUUCCUGUACAUCCUCAGGCCCUCCCAGCAGCUAUAGGGGUGGGAACCAGGGCACAUCUGCAUGCACCCCUGCCA